AUAAAACGCAUUUGUCAAUUUCUACAUUUUGAAACAAGUGGAAUCAUAAGACUGGUGAAAGUUUGAUUUUUUUUAUGACUAAGAAUAUUUUCUUUUUAUAAAAAAUCGUAAUAAAUGCCACCAAUAUGGAGGAUCGAACCUGUGAACGGAAUUCUUCUGAAGUCAGUCGAUCUACAUCUUCCUCUGUUCACUCGUCCCAAAAGAGGGCAUCAUCAUACAGAGUUGCUUUAUUUAACCCUAAAACUCAAUGGGAUUCUCGACGACAGUGCGAUAAGUACCAACGUGAGGUACGUGGUCUUCAAAUGGCAUCGUCUGAGGAGAAGUCAGUCCUUCCGAUCAGCGUAAACAAUAGUCCACGACAACAGAUCUCUGACACGAGCACGCAGGUCUUUAGUCUCAACAGUUCAAUCAGUGAGCCUGUGUGCAGAAUCUGCCAUGGAACAUCAAACACUGAACAGCUGAUGUCCCUAUGUUACUGCGCGGGCUCUAUCGGACUGAUGCACGUGUCCUGUCUACAGAGAUGGCUAGGGUCUUCCAACAAGACACAAUGUGAACUCUGCCACUUCAACUUUGCUAUUGAGAGGAAACCUAAACCCUUUUAUAUGUACUUGUCUAACCCGGGUAGUAAAGAGGACCGGAGGCGCCUGCUCUUUGACCUCGUCUGUGUCUGUCUGCUGACCCCCUCCACCCUUACUGUGGUCUCCCUGUGUAUAUACGGUGCCUCCAACUACUCACCCCACAGAGGAGAGUUCGCUGGGCUGGUGCUGCUGGGGACACUCCUGUUGGCUUUAUUCAUUGUGUGGUUGGUGAUAUGCUUACGAAUAAACUUGAAGAAAUGGGAAGAAUGGAAGCAGUUUAACCAAAAAGUGAAACUGAAGUGUAGUCCACCCCAGGAAGACCGUAAUAAUACAGAGGGUCGGAAAGGCGAGGGUUUCCACCGGACAGAUAUGUCCAGACAGAGGUCACAGAUGGGAGUCAAGAUAAGCAGCAUAGAAAUCAAGGUCAUUACUGAAGGUCAACAUGGCGGCAGCGAGUACAUAUCACGCAGGAUCUCUCCAGAUUCCAGAAAAAGCGCUUUAAAUUCUAUUUUACGCCCCCUUCCACACCCUUGUGAUAAAUUAACGGAGGACCCAUUUGUUCUUCAAAGACGCAUCCCUCCCAGGUCUGACGACACGACCCAGACCUACUACAUGCCCAGGGCCCGGGAACAGGCCCCUGGGCGGGCAGGCUACAUGAACGGGGAGCAAGUUGUUGGUAACUGCUAUAUUUCCUCGUCGUCAUCUAAAGAGAGUACGUCUAUUGGACGGGAUAGAUACAGAACGACCCCUCGCUCUUGGGACGUGUCUCCACCGGGCCAGUACUACAGAGCGCCCUCUACGGCGGGACCGAGAUCCAAAAACCAUUAUCACGAUACAUGUACUCCCUACUAUGAAAACGAAAUUUCUGUAUCAGGUCCAUCUGACACUAGGUCCGAGACACGAAGUAAGUCCGUAAUGUCUUACAAUGUGCACGAAAACAAACGACUGAGUAAUUACAUGUAUAACCCAAGCGUUGUGUAUCCAAAGGAGCGAUACAUUUAGACUGAUGACAGCCUCUGCUGUGUUUUAGAUUCAUUUAAAAUUGCAUGAAUUAUUUGUCUAGUAUUCAUGUCCAAAUUUCAUCUUUAAUAAAAGAUCGAUUUAUCUUUU